UCACAUGAUAUGUUCUUACAGAGGAAUGUAGUAGCUAGUCAGAUCACGGAACAACGUGUGGAAUUCCCUUAUGAUUGGGCGAUACAAGGCUUAAUAUGACAAAGAGGUGAUGUUUCGGUAAUGUUUUGUCAUUCUACAGUGUAGGGACAAGCGCAUCUUUUGUUAACCGAUGGAUUUGGGAUCUAGCUUGAUCUAACUGCUCGAAGGCAAUGUAGUCAACGAUUAGCUCGGGAACUCAUCGAUUCUCAGCUCUUCUGCUAGUUAAUCCGUCUAUUGAUCCAUUAUCCAGUGAACUGCUGAUGUCAGUUGACACAGUUAUUUACCUGCACUGACACAUGAUGGAACCAGCGGACACAGAGUCUGCACCCCAACCGGAGUCACCCCAGCAUCAAGAGGAGGACAUGGUGACGGAAGAACCAACACCUCUGGAGGAUAUUGUUCUCAUCAAUGACCAGACCAUUGAGAAGUUGACACAUGGGCUUAUGGCCCAUUACCUACCAGACCUUCAAGAUUCCAAGCAGGCACUUCAGGAACUGACCCAAAACCAGGUGAUAUUGCUUGACACACUGGAGCAGGAAGUCGCUAAAUUUAAAGACUGUAAUGCAUUACUAGAUUUAAACGCGCUGUUCACAGAGGCAAAAAUCUAUCAUACCAAAUUGGUCAACAUAAGGAAGGAAAUGAUGAUUAUUCAUGAUAAGACAACAAAACUAAAGAAAAGAGCUUUAAAACUUCAACAACAGCGACAGAAAGAAGCUCUGGAGAAAGAACAGCAGCGGGAGAAAGAGAUGGAGAGAGAAAGACAACUCAUCGCCAAGCCUGCAAAACGAUCAUAAUGACACAUAUGACUACUGUACAACCCAUCGCCAAGCCUGCAAAACGAUCAUAACGACACAUGUAUUACAUUCACGUCAUGUAAAAGUUGUAUCAUUUAUCUGACAUGUUUUGACAUUGUAACUUCCGUCUUCAUCAAUGGGUCAUGAAGACAGAAGUCACGACGUCGAAACAUUACACUUAGCUGACGCUUUCAUUUAUUCAAAGCGACUUACAGUUAUUAUUUGUCAGGGUUACAGUCCCUGGAGCAAUGUGGGGUUAGGUGCCUAGCUCAAGGGCACUUCAGCCAUGGAUGGAGAUGUAGGGAGAGGUCAGGGGGGAUUCGAACCUGCAACCCCUAGAUUCAAAGACCAACUCUCUAACCACUAGGCCACGGCUGCCCACAGAAAAGAAACAUGUCAGGUAAAUGAUAAUGAAAGCUUACCUUCUGAUGAAGAUGGAAGAGCUACACCGUCGAAACAUGGCAGAUAAAGGAUUAAGCCAGAGAUUCUUUAAGUAUAUAGAGAUAUGCCAACAUAAUAGGUUUCUAUGGGCACCUAACAUGACCAGGUUCCGGUCUGCCUAAAGGGGCGUGUCAUAAUACUCCUACAAUGAAUAGAACAGUCCUUAGGUCUGCCUAGGUCUGCCUAAGGGGGGCCAUAAUAGAACCAGGAAACAAUGGGCCAAUGGAACCUCUCUCUCUCUACUCUCUCUGAUUAAGCGUUUACAUGUCCAAAACAAAAGAGAACUCAUGACUUGAUCAUAAUGACACACAUGGCUACAACGAGUCACACCGUGCCAUUCAAAAGACCAUUGGAGUAGGCCUACUAAUCAAACUGACCUGUUUUUUUGUUUUGUUUUCCUUAAAGGAGCUUGAUGGCCAUUAUUUAUACGUUUAUAAAUAACCUUUAAUUUCUACUCUGUGUUAUUUGUUCUUGCAAUAAAGGAUACGCCUGACAAUUUAUUUGCAUCUAAUAGUACUCGUGCACCAGCCAACUGCAUCUGAUUCAUAUACUGUAGGGUAUAUGGGAACUGACAAAAUGUUGUGACCACAAUGUCAGACCUGUAAUGUUGAAAGAUACUCACAGUCAUGCAUGUUUUUUGUUGAUGUUAGUUUAUAUACUACAAUGGUUAAUUUAUCAGUAUUAUUUAACUGAUGUCCUGAACUCAUAUCUUCUUGAUAGAUUGUCUAGCCUCCAAGUAAUGGCACCAUAUCGAAGAGCACAAUGAGAGAUGAUUAUUUCUGUGAAAGGACAAUAAAAUAAAUUCAAAUGUUUGUAACAUA